AACUAACGUGGCUUACAACCUUAUUGCGUGCCCACUUUUUCUUGACGUUUGUCUCUCUUCUUCCAUGUUCACUUCGUUUCUUCAUGUGUUUUCUUGCAGCUACAUGACACCAUUUUCUAAGAAUUUCAUGUGAAUCACUCACGUACACAAGCUUCUUACAUCUUCGUAAGUUGUGUGCUUGUCUCUGUGCAGACACACGUGGCAAGCAGCCUCAAGUUUGAUAGAUAAAUUGUUGGGUUUCAUGGUUUUGCUCUGGUGUCUUGAAAUGGAGCUUCUUCACUAAGUGAAAGCAGAGAUCAAAACUACACAGUUCAUCUAAAAGGGUGGUAUAGGACUGAAGUUUGGUAGCGUUUCACUUAUACUCAAAUAUUUUGAGGUGAUAAUUCAAGAGCGAACAUGAUGAUGAGAGGUGACUGAAAGAUCAAGAUUCUUACAUUGACCGAGCAAAGUUAUGAAAUCAACAGAAGACAACAACAUUUCCAAUGAACUUAUUCAAAGGAUGAAGCCAGAACAUAUUUUGUUACUUGACAGUAAGGUGCCCAAGCAAUUUAUCAGUUUUGAUGAACAAUAUCUUCGUCGAUGCCUUGAAUUUAUUCAGAUCACCGCAAAUAAGCCGACCACAUGCAGCUUAGACUCGGACUUUACUGUUUUUUCUGAGACCAAAAAUAUGUUAGAUAUCCUAAACAGCCCUUUAUUUCACAAAUUGGGUUCCACUAUUAGAGAUAGAUCAAGUUUAGUAGAUCUUCGAAACCCAAAAUGCAGUAGCCUUUUGUGUUCACCCUCUGAAUCAGACUCGUCUACAUCGGGGAAAUCAGAAAAAGAUUUGGCUGUUCAUAAUGACCAUGCAAAUGUAUCUGACCAUGUUCCUAAGAGCGUUGGUCCAUUAUCAACCCCUUUUGCCUCUGCUGCUGCUCAUUUAUCAUCUUUUAUGCCUGCUACUUCUUCCCGCUGGAUGCUGCACAACAGAGGGAAUCAAAAGUGUCCUCAUUACGUGUUCUCUUCCGAUAAUCAGAGGGAUAUCUAUUUCGCAAAUUUGUCAAAGGUUGAUUCGCCAAAUAAAAAGGUUACAGAUUACAUGUACGCCUUCCUUUCUAGAGCAGCUAAAAGAAAGGAAGGCGAGAUGUGUGAACAAGAGUUCAAUCUGAUAGGAAGAAUGAAGGUAUCUUCUUCAAUUACUAUUCUUUCAGACGGUACAGAAGUUAUGGAGACUUCAUUUGUGCUGUAUGGUUUUGAUGACAAUUGUGUGGAAGAGAGGCAAACUAAAAGCCACAAUCUCGAAAAAAGCAAGGGGUUAUCAGUGAAGAUGUCUGGCGUUUUAAAGGGAAGUCGCACAUUUAGACGAAGAAGAUCAAUGAGAUUAGAUGUUUCAACAUCCAUGAAAGAUAUUAAUUCCAGACAGGCAUGUGAAGGCGCUGGUGUAGAAGAUCAUUUUACUCCCAACCUCGAGUUAGCCGCCAUUGUUGUGAAAGAACAUAUUUCUCCAGCUAAUAAGAAUGUUAAAGUGGGAGGAUGGGGCUUAAAAUUCCUCAACAAAACUGGGCAAAGACAUUUAAAUGCCUCUCUACAAACAGAAGUACCAUUACAAUGCCAUUCACAUAGCAAUUCUAAUUGCUCUACAAGUAUAGACAUUAUAAUCCCUGCUAGUUUCCAUGGAUUGCCAAGAUCCAAAACCGGUAGUCCUUCUAGUCUUAUUGAUAGAUGGAUUUCUGGUGGCAAGUGUGACUGUGGUGGCUGGGAUAUGGGAUGCGCACUCACAAUACUUCAAACGAAGCAAACAGAGGCUUUUUGCCUAGCUAAAACUUUUGAUAUAUUUGCAGAGGGAUCAAAGAAAGAUUUAGCUACUAUGAAAAUGGUCAAUGUCCGUGACGGUUCAUAUUGUAUACCUUUCCAAUCAACUCUGUCAGCUUUGCAAUCUUUUUCGAUUGCUGUUGCGAUUCUUCAUGCUCAGAUUCACAGUCCUAAUCGUCAACUUAGCAUUGGUUAACACUUACCGGUAAGCAGGCAUAUGGUUAAUGGUCUGAGUAGUCAUCUCCUAGUAAUUUAUCGCAGGGAAAGGGUUAAAGUUUGAACACCAUAGUAGAGAGAUUAAUUGUGUGGAAAAUUCUGUCAUUAUUAUUGUCGACUCUGAUAAUGCAAUGCUGCUGCAUUACUUCGGGCCUGCCUGGUUUAUCAAAUUGUGAUUUGUAAAUGAGUUCUCUGUGCAUUGAGGGGAGAAAAUUCUUGUCAUUUGUAUAGUUGUGACUUGAUAUAAAAGUUUGUUAAAUUACAAGGGGUA